ACUCUUCCUCAUUGAUCAUCAUCCACCAACUCGAGUCCUAAAUGUCUACUUCACCAACUUCUACCUGCAGCAACUCAUCAACAAUCACUCACUCUAUGGCCAAAUCAACAAAGGAAAAAACAAACAGAGCCAAACAAGAACAAACAGAAAUUGAAAACGAUGAGGUCAAUAACAGUAGUGUUAAUAAAGGAAAAUGCAGCAGUGGGCUGAGCUUCAAGCAUCCGAAAUAUCGGGGAGUGAGAGUGCGGAGCUGGGGGAAGUGGGUAUCUGAAAUACGAGAGCCCAGGAAGAAAUCAAGAAUUUGGCUUGGAACUUUUCCUAGUGCAGAAAUGGCAGCUCGGGCUCACGAUGUUGCAUCUCUAGCUAUAAAGGGUCAUUUGGCUCAGCUGAAUUUUCCGGAGCUGGCUCACCAGCUUCCGCGGCCGGCCACUCUUGCGCCUAAAGAUAUUCGGACUGCGGCUGCCGAAGCUGCCGCCGCCACGUUUGAGUCAAGCGCCCAGAAUGAAAUGGCUUGUGAAGCUGUAGAGGAGUCGUCGUUCCAGUGUUCACUGGAAGAAGAAAGUGAUAAGGCAUUGUUUGAUCUUCCGGAUCUCUGUGUUGAAGCAUGUAGUAAGAGUAUCUAUGAGGUUUGUAACGAUUCAUGGGGCCAAAUAGUGGGUGAAUUUGAUAUGGGAUUAUUUGAGUUUAAAGAAAUAUCAUGCUGAUUAUCUCAAGUCAUUAAA